UAUAAUACUGAGAGCCUGUUAAUCAAAAUCAAAAUCAAAAUCGGACGCCAAAAUUACAAAAACAAAUUUAAACUCUCUCUCUCUCUCUCUCGCCGCCGACACCGAGACUCUUCGCCGUGGCGUUUCGGCGGCGCAGUUCACCGACGACGGCGAUUCGCGUUCUCUUAACCCACGCUAUUCGUUUUUCCUAUUCUUAAUCCAAUAAAAGCUUCAGAAUAAUCUUCGAGAGGUAUACAAGAUGAUUGGAUCAUUUCUUACCAGAGGACUUGUGAUGAUCCUUGGCUAUGCUUAUCCAGCCUAUGAGUGCUACAAAACUGUUGAAAAGAACAAGCCGGAGAUCGAACAACUUCGCUUUUGGUGUCAGUAUUGGAUUUUGGUGGCUGUUUUGACGGUAUGUGAGAGAGUUGGUGAUGCUUUUGUUUCAUGGGUUCCAAUGUAUAGUGAAGCUAAGUUGCUCUUCAUCAUAUAUCUGUGGUUUCCUAAAACAAAGGGAACGACUUAUGUGUACGAUUCCUUCUUUAGACCAUAUCUUGCAAAGCAUGAGAAUGAUAUUGAUAGGAACUUGUUGGAACUAAGAACUAGGGCUGGUGAUAUCGCUAUUUUAUAUUGGCAAAGAGCUGCAAGCUAUAGUCAGACAAGAGUAUUUGAUAUUUUGCAGUAUGUUGCUGCUCAAUCAACACCAAGGCCUCGCCCUGUUCAGCCACAACCAGGUGUUAGGGGUCGCCAAACCCCUGCUGCUCGCCAGCCUGCUCCAGCUCCAAAUCGCCAACCAGCUGCAACAACGCAAUCCCAACCCGAAGAACCGCCAUCUCCCACUUCCAGUACAUCUUCUAGUAAGGACCAAAGAGAGAUAGCAGAAGCGUUGGCUCCUUUACCAAAGCCUAAAGCUGCCCCCCAAGCAGCAGGUUCCAAUACUCAAAAAGCACCAGCUCCACCUGAAUCAUCUGGCCAAUCUACACCAACUGAAGAGGUGGAGGCAAUGCAGACUGAAGCAGUGACAUCCUCUGCAGCAACUGAAAAUACAAAUCCGCCCCCGAAAGAUACACUAAUGGAAGGUAGCAGUCGGCAAACACGAGCAUCGUUAAGGAAAACCCGUUCUGCAUCUGCAGCAAACCGUUGAAGCAGUCUGUCUUUCAAAAUUCAGCUUCUAAGCUAGCUAAACGGUAGUUGGAGAAAUGAUACUCAUUAAACUGUUGAUGUAGACACUGACACUGAUGUAAAUUUGUGGUGUCCACUAGUUUCUAUUCCAUUCGUUUUAUUAAUUGGACGUCAUUUAGCAGAUCAAA